UGUAGUGCGUCUAGCCAGCUAGUUGCGAGACAAGAUCAGGAAGACGUGCAGUAUACUUGCGAAUGAUGAGGGACAUUGGGCAGGAAAAUCGAGGGGCUGGUAUCCUGACGCGACGAUCGAGCGUUGCACAUAGGACCCACCAGCAGCCAUCCAUCCAACAAGUCCCAAACCACUACUACCCAAUAGUUUCCACGAGCACUCCUGUUGUAUCCGGCACGACUGGUAUGGAGGAUGAUCCAUAUUUUGGAAUGUGGAUGUAUCCGGAGCUCAUGGACAUUGUGGCCUUGGUGGCCGCCCUCUGUUUGGGUGUAGCAUCCACGUCCUUGUCGGCGUUUUCGGCCGAAGAAAUUGCUCCUGCCAACGAACGCUACCUGGCACAAAAAGAAAGUUCUACAGGGCCGUGGAGCAAAGGCAGUGCUCCCGUCUCGUUUGGGAUCAUGAUAUUUUGUGGACUGGCCACCUCGCUCAGCAGUCUUUGCUUGGUCUUGUCGGUGGGUGCCCGGUUCAUGUUGACGUAUAUUGCCAACCUCGACAAUGAUUCCCCGGCACGAACAUUUCUGCUGCAAUGGGCCAACCCCAUGUCGAUUGUGGUCAUGAUCACAUGGUACCUGGCUCUUGGAUGUGCGGCUGGCUCCUUUUACUGGAUUGGAUGGGUUGUCUUCCCUCCCGAAAUUGCCAGCAGUGCCACCAUUGUGGCCUUUGGAUAUGUUUUUGUCAUUGGAAUUGCUCUUUUAUUCUUUUUCUCCAUUUAUGUGGCGUGGAAAUCCAUCCGUCUCCACAAAAAGAAGAAACAUGCCUCUAGUACACCACAAAGAAUCCAGGAGACGCCAAUUCGAACCAACCAGCAGCAAAUAUUUGGCCAUAUUGUUGUGGAACAGGAGGUGGCACACCAAGUGACUAACCAAUCCGCUUCAUAUUCAUCUCAGAACAAUUUCAAGCAGUCCUGUUCCUUCACGGAUGAAACUGUGGAGCUCGAGAGCAGUUGCAACAAAGAUUCCCAGAGUCGCAUGGAAGACCAUACUGCAUCAUUAAAGACAAAGGAAUAUUCCGAGAAGGAGGCUAUGGAAAAGAUUCGGUUCCUCCGAGAGAAACUGCGAAAUUUGGAAAUGGACUUGUUGGAAAGUUCCAAGCCCUCUUCAACGAGUGUAUUAUCAAUCUAG